CUGUGCUUUAGGGAGGAGAGGACCAAAUAUCUCCAAGGCUCGGGCACUGGCAUAGCCCGGGCAGGUCUACUGUCCGAAGCUACGAACCAGUCCUACACACCGCUAGUUUGACAAAAACACCAGCUGCCAAAUUUCCCCGUCUUUUUGCCCACUUCUCCGGCUAUAAUGCGCCAAAGUGAAUAUCGGCCUAUCUAUCAAGCGUCGUGUUCUCUAAAUGAAUAAACUAAUAGUUGCUAGAACUUACUCAUUUUGUUUCCUUUAUUGGGCGCUUCUUCAACCCAACGACUUUUAUAUACCCUACUCACUUCUCUGCCUGAAACCAUCCGUCCAGAACCAACAGACCAGUAAUGCAGCUGCCAGCAAAACUGUGGUCGCUGACGGCCACCGAGGUCCUGACCUUGACAGAAAGGGACCUGGUCAGUGUCGAGGACUAUGCGAAGGCCCUAUUGAGCCAUGCCGGGUCGAGAGACGGCGUGGUAGAAGCAUGGCAGUACUUGGAUCCUGACCUUGUUCUGAGCCAGGCUCGCGCUCUAGACCGUGUUCCGCGCGACCAGAGGGGUCAGCUUCACGGAGUAGCUAUCGCCGUCAAGGACAUAAUGGACACCAAAGACAUGCCAACCGAAUACGGCUCUGCUCUCUACUGGGGCAAUCGGCCAAGUGCCGACGCGUCACUUGUUGAGAUACUCCGGAGGGCCGGAGCCCUGAUAGUCGGCAAGACCACCACGACGGAGUUCACAGUGCUCAACUCCGGCCCUAGCACCACCAACCCGAAUGACCUAAACCGCACGCUAGGCGGGUCCUCUGCCGGGUACGCGGCCGCCGUGGUAGACGUCCACGUCCCUCUCAGCUUGGGAACGCAAACGGGCGGCAGCGUCAUCCGUCCGGCUUCUUACAUAGGCACCUACGCUAUGAAGCCAACAUAUAACACGGUGUUCGGCGGUGGCAUCAAGGUCGCCUCCCUCGAGUUCGACACCAUUGGAUACUUUGCCCGCAGCAUCGACGACCUCAAGCUCGUCACCGAGGUCAUCAGUGUCACUGCAGAGGAACCCGUCGAGGAGGCAGCAUUGAACCAGGUCAAAAUAGGUUUCGUCAAGUCACCGUUUUGGCCGUCUGCGGGGCCCGGCACCGUCGCAGCCAUGGCCAAGGCUGCCGAGAUUCUCCACCGCCACGGUGUCGCCGUCGUCGAGGACGUCGAGUUCCCCGACGCGUUCAGCGACGCCACGACCCUGGCCAGGAUGUUUGGCGUAGUCUUUGCCGCCGACGCGGCGACUAAGCUGGACCCGCGCAUCCGCGCUUUCGUCGACGACGCUCCGAAAAACUCCCGCUCUGACGUGCAGCAGGCGUUCGACUACUACGCAGCCCUGCGCCCCGUGCUCGACGAGAUUGCAGGGAGAUAUUCGGCUCUUAUGACUCCGAGCGCGAUUGACGAGGCGCCCUUGGGGCUGGGCGACAUGGGCAGCCCUGCUUUCAACUCGGUGUGGAAGGCCGCGCACAUGCCGGUAAUCCACGUGCCCGCUUUCGUGGGACCCAACGGUAUGCCCGUCGGCCUGUCUCUCGUAGCCCGCCGGUAUGAUGACCAGCUUUACGGUGCGCCUCUCGCCGCUGCCGCCGGGCACGCAAUACGGCCGCCACCACCGGGCCUCGACCUCCUUGUCGGGAUCACGGAAACCGAAGUCCAAGAAGGCGAACAAGAUGCGCCGCGCUAA